UCCUUGCGCCCAUGGCUCACCAUGCCUUCCAUCUCUCCAGGGUCGCGUGUUCCACUCCCACCUUGGACACCUGUGAUCCGGGGUUUUCCAAAUAUCUCAGCGUCAUUGUGGUUGCAGGGUUAUAAACCACGGCAAGCAGUCUUCGCAUGUCUUACAUGCGCUGGUGAACCACAGGUGAACGAUGCUGGAAUCUGUUUGGGAUGCUCGGUGCAUUGCCACGACGGUCACAAUAUCAUCGAGUUGUAUACGAAACGACGUUUCAGGUGUGAUUGUGGAAAUAGCAAAUUUGAACGGAAAUGCACUUUGUUCGAGGAAAAAAGUUCUUCAAAUACGGAAAACACAUACAAUCAGAAUUUUGCCGGAUUGUUUUGCGUGUGUAAGAAGCCAUACCCAAGUGAGAUUGAGGAAAUUAUGCAUCAGUGUGUAGUUUGCGAGGACUGGUUUCAUUUAUCUGUGACGUUUUUUACUGAUGUCAUAUCGGGCAUAAUUCGAGUUGUUUUUGUUCUCCAGUUAUGCAAGAUCUGCUCUUCUCGUCUUCCAUUCCUAUGGCGUGUAAGUGUAAGCGAGGCCGACAAUGGUGUCGUAUGUCUGUCGACAGUAGAAGAUGCCAAAGAGGGUCCUUUUCUUCUCUCAUAUGAGUUUCGUGAGCGUUUGUGUCGAUGCCGAAAUUGUUUGGAUCUUUAUGCGCGAUCAGGUUGUGAAUUUUUAAUUGACGCCGAGGACGAUGUUGACGCAUUUAUGAAGGAAAAUAUUGAGAAAACAAAAGAUGUGAAAGAAGGCUUCAACGAUCUUAAAAGAGGUCUGCAAGAUUUCAUUCGUGAGAAAGUUGAAGAAGGGGUCGACGUCAUUACUUCGGAACACGUUACGUCUUUCUUUGAUAAAUUGAAGCGUAGUCGUUUCGAAAGGGAUUCCGGUGAAGACGUCUAA